GCAUGGGCUGGUAUCCAUUCACCAUCUGAAUAGAGAACCAGUACCAGUCCACUCUCUGGGCUACUGGAGCGGAGAGUGAGCUUCCAUAGAGCUCUUGCAUAAGCAUGGCUCCUGCUCCCAGCCCUCCAGUCCAGCUGCCGUCCUCGUCGCUCCUACCGCAACUGUCAUUCACCACUUCCAUCGCAAAGCAUCUCGCCUCAUCCAACGCCAAUAGCAGCAGUCUAACAUCUGUCAAUGUCCUCAAGGGCGAAGGCUGCUCCAAAGAUGGGCCACGCAUCGCUCAAGAGAUAGCAGCCGCACUGACUACGGCAUCCAUCAAGCACAUUGCAUUCGCAAGGGGCCUGGUCAGCACCACUUUCGCCCAGCUAGACAAGGAGAGGACAAUGGAGCAGACAAACAGCGAGGGGCCUCAAAGCAGAAGCAGAAGUACCAAAGCCAUCAAGAGAGAUCAACUACUCUCCUCGGUCUCCCAGGUGCAGAAGCAUAUACGCUCAGCAAUACACGCCUCAUCAGAGCCACCUUUCAGCAACUCGUCCCUACCUCUCAUCCUCGUCAUAGGCUCCUCGCCACUGUCACCCAAAGAGAUCUACUAUCUCGACCUCGAAAGUCCUCCAUCAUCCUCAUCCUCCUCUGCUCCCGCUUCGAGCUACGCCCCGCCGAGUGCAAAGCUCCUCUCUACCCUCGAACGUCAGCUGAUACGCUUCCUUAUAUCAACAGAGGAGAUUUCUGACGUGAUUAUGGCAGGCCCAGUGGCCAGAGGAGGAGGCAAGAUGUCCCUUUUCCUCUUUACAUUGAGGAGAAGCUCGUGGAGAGCCGAGGGCUGGAGAGUGAGAAGAGGGUUGAGGCUGAACAUGGAGGGGUUGCGGACCAUCCAGCCGCAGCAAGGCGAGGAGGACGAUCUGGAGUCAGAAGGAGAGGAGAGAGGCGGUCCGCAAAUCGCCUCUGCCUAUCUGCCUCAAGGUAUAACUCAUCGGCAGCUCCUAGACGACUCGCGUCCGUCUACCCCCGCGUCCUAUGCAAGCCACUCCAGUCAGCGUACCGAUUCUCCUGGCUCGGAUCUGACGAAGCUAGCAGAGGCUUUAUCUCCUGCAAGGCGAGUCGAGGAGAGCAAUGUGGGUGGGACCUUCGGUGGGAGACCGCCAGCAAGACCGCCCCUGGUAGCUAGACAGUCGAGCUACCUUGAAUCAAAGGGCAGCACUAGCAACACGACAAUGAAAGUCUUGCCUGCACUUCGGCCCAAGGAACUCGAUGCUCAAGCUUCUCCAUCCACCACUUUUGCUCAUGUGGCUACUCCAGACAAGGAAAACUUCUCAACGGACCCUCUCCUCGAACCCCUCCACGCCCUCUCGCUAGACCCGCGUCCUCCAGGCUCGCGCCUCUUUCCUCUCAAUCUAGACGCAGCGACUAGUCUCCUCGCAAGAAGUCGACUAGGGUCUUCCUCCUCUUCUUCGUCCUCUUCGAGAUCGGUCUCCUCCGCGCAAGAGCGCAGGGGAAUGUCGAUAGCCUCGAGCUCGAAUGGAAUAGUCGCAGUGGGGAGGAGAGGGGGAGAAGGAGCCUCGACGAGUCUGCGAGCAGUCAGAGGUCGAGCACCACCGAAGGGUACUGGCUUUGUGCUGGGCUGCUCGCUCGACACUAGCUCCUCAGUGGAGGAGGAGGAGGAGGAGGAGGAUAGACAAGGGAGGGCGGACGAAGCGUGCCAGGGAGGGGAUGAGGACGAGCUGAUCCUCUUCCAGUGCGAGGUGGUCAUCCCUUCGUACCACCCUUGAUGAUCUCAGAGGGAAUCUUCUGCUGCUUUGCGCUUACGCUCGCUGCUCGCUGCAUCUACUGAUCUCCACAUGCAACGAACUACACUCUCACAAUGUACUAUACCUAUCGUUCUUGCCGGCUUUGAAAGCCACCCCGUACGAGCGCGCAUGACUUCACUCGGUUCUAGAUGAGAGCGGGUAGAUUUGCUAGUUGACUGUUGAUACAUGAUGUGCGACGAGAAGUAAGCGGCAUAGGAUUUGCUUUGCUUUGCUUUGCUCUACCUUGGGUAGGAGAGUGGUGUGGAGCUGAGAAGGUCGCACAACGCAACCUCGAGCAUCUUGGAUCAGUCAAAGAGACCGUAGGCUCUCUUGACCGUGUGUCUAUUGGGGACAGGUAGCCAGCGCAGAUUUCGCUCGUACCAGGUGGAUCGUGGU